AUGAGAACAAUAAUUAGGAACAGAAAUGACAAACCCGGUGCCAAGCGCAGUGGUAAACCCAACGCCAAGCGUGACAGGUCAGGGUCGAGCUCUAGCAAACUUCGAACACAGUUAAAAAACGUCCAUGGCAAAAGUUCAGGCCACGUAAAGUAGACAAACGUUCCACAUUCCAGAAAUGGUUGUUUAAGAUGGCCAACCGACCGCUAGUCGACUUGCUUCCACGAAACUUGGAAAUCCACAAUUUUACUUCUACUGAGCUAACUCACUAAGCGGCAGUCUGGGGUUCUGGGCUUAGGCCUGAAGUUCAGACCUUCCCUGCGACUUCCGACUGUUCCUCAGUUCAACCAGCAAAUUCAAGACUUUUGCCGGAGAGUUUCUUCAUACUUCGCAAAGAGUUACAAAAGAGCUUCGUGGCUGAAAAACCACAUUGGAGAAACAAUCUCUCAAAGCAAGAGUGAGAAGACCUUCACGAGCUGA